CUUCCACAUAAGGAAGAUAAUCUUCUACUUUUUUUUUGUUGAAAUUCAAAUACUGUCUAACCUGCAAUUAUCAAGGUGUUUGGAGACUUAGCAAAAUUGGUGCUUCAUAAAUUCUGGAAGAUCUGGGGUAAACUGUAAGAAUUGUAAGAAGUCUGACAAAUUAGAGAAGUAGUGUUUUGUUACUAGUACCUAAGUGGGCUUUGGGCACAUGCGUGUGAUGAUGCAUUCUGCUGUAUGAUGCUUCUCUGCUUCGUGUGGAGAAUACUUGGUUAUUCAUUAAAAAUUCUUCCUACCUCAUCUAGGUGAAGCUUGUAACACUAUGACCAUAAGCAGUUACAAGGAGAACGGUACAUCUUUGUCCAGUAUUAUGCCUCAGACAUUUUCUAAUACCAAAACCUUCUGAGACAGAUGGUCUGGAAAUCAGCAUUGCCGUGGACAACUUUUGUCUUCCGUGCAUAAGGAAAAGUCUUUUAUCCAAUAGCAUGCUUAUUGUUGCAAAACACAGGAAUUAUUUUAUCUUUUCACCUAAUCCUGCCCAGUAGCCCCCUUGUGUGUAUGUUGUUGAGCUCUUUACAUAAUAAUGGCCCUAUAGAAAUCGAGAUCCUACUAAUUGUAGCGUUGCCCUCACUUGCAUCCAUUGUAUUGUGAUUUUGCUGUAUUCCUAAGGUAAUGAAUAAAUGAGAGUACCUGACUGUCCUCCUUCCUUCUCCUCAUCAUUUUAGCUACAUCUCGUGUUUAUCUUGUUUAUUUACUUGUUCCAGUUGCUUCAUUUUCCCCUGAUUCCAUAGUCCUUCCAUGUCUGUAGUGGCCUGUCUCUGAGGGCAUCUGCUUUUUGCUAGAGUGACUUUAGGUGUGUGGUGAGCACUGAGGACUAUAAACAUUUAAGAGAAAGUUAAAUGCCACUGAGAGGACUUUAUAAUAUUUUAACAGAAUUUGUUUGGGUCUUUUUUCUAAGCAGGAAAUAGUCUGUAAAUGUGAAUAGUGAAGGUACUAAGUCCAUGAGGACUUAGUCCAUUACAUGUAUGUGUCUGUCUUAUAUAUUGUCUACUUAACAAUAGUACAUUAGUAGAAACAUCUGGGGAAUGAAACUCUUCCCUUGUGACAGUGGAAGAUGUUGAGAUGGGCAUUGCAGGGGAACAGAUUUAUAAGGGUCUUGCUGGGAGAGGAGGUAAGGAGUCACCAGCGAUUUCUCCCUUAAACAAGGUGAUUUGGGGACCUCAAAAAGUGGAGGUGAGGGUUGUACUCAUUAGUUGAAAACAAAACUUUUUCUUUAGGUACUGGAGCUGUUUCUGCCUCCUGCCUGUAUAUACAAAGCCCCACAUAAAUGUUCCUCAGCCAUCAGAGAGCUUCGGUUGGUUGCUCUGAAGCACUUCUGACAUUAAUUGAUGUUUAGGGACACCUGUUUGCUCACAUUCAUGCUCACCAACAGAGGAUGCUGGGGCUGUGCAGAGCUGAACUCUGUAUCAAAGGAAUGAAUGAUUUCUGGAGUGAAUGGCAAGUCAGAAGGGAAAAUGUUUUGUGUGGGGGGAAAUGUUACAUUACUACAGGGCUCCUGCCAAACAGUUUCAGCCUGCUGUGGGGUAUGAGCACUGUAUAGGGCUUUGCCCUUACACAUCUGGAAGAAUUGGACAGGAGAAACCUCCCCAUUAUAAUGAGGCACUGAACAUGUUUUCUGUGUAUACCUAUGUCAUCCAGGAGGCCUUCUAGCAAGAAAAGGAAGACCUGCUGCAGAUUUACAAAAGGAUGAUGGCAGGGGAAAGGGAAAUAUAAGGGAAAUUCCAAAAAGGCCCUCUCAGCUUGCUCAGGCAUACCUAGACUUGUCCUCCUUUGGGAUUUACCUGUAGCAUGUUCAUCAUUAAGAGGUUUUAUUAUUUUUUUAAAAUUAAUUUUAUUUUCCUUUGCAGGUCACCUUUUAAGCUGCUAUUUCCUGUAUAAUUAAGCAGAAUGAAGGCAUUAGGUUCUAGUAAAGUUGGGCCUAAUCCAGAAUCUUCUCUUACUCAGUUCUUUCUGAGUAAGAAGCUCAAGUCUGGGCCCAGCAUUUCACAUGUUUUGCUGUUACAUCUAAAUUAUUUGUGGUCUGUGGAUUUUUUUUUUUUUAACUUUAUGAAAACUCCUUUGCUUUUGUCUAAUUUUAUCUCUUUAUGUGUCACUGUCCAGCAUAGCAUUAGUUGAAAUUAUGUAAGUAUACUGCAAAUUGAAGUGCAUAAUUGCUACUGAUAAUGCAAGAAUGAUUCCUACAGUUUAUAAUUAACAGUAUAUAAUGUUCUGUGCAUGGGUUGGAUCUGUCCCUUUUAACUUUUCCUUUCCGAUUCUUUCCAAUCCCUGGUCUUGCUGCAUCACAGCCUUGAUGAAUGCACUGGUUUCGCUGGAGUCUAGUCCAUUGUUCCUUUUGUUUUUCAGACCAGUAAAAAUGGGAAGUACUGGAUUCUGGUUUCCUCCAAGAAGAGUCAGCGGAACUGGUUAAGACCAAAAUCUGAGGACUUUAGUGGGCAAACAUCAGUCCCCUUUUGCUUUCUUUUACGACCACAUGAAACUUGAGAAGCCAUCUAAAGCUAAAUCAUUUAGUGGAGUUGGGCAAUUCCCAAGUGUCCAACAAGAAGGCCUGGUUUAGGCUGCGAUGGCCACUGUCAUUCCUGGUGAUUUGUCAGAAGUAAGAGAUACCCAGAAAGUCCCUUCAGGGAAACGUAAGCGUGGUGAAACCAAACCAAGAAAAAACUUUCCUUGCCAACUGUGUGACAAGGCCUUUAACAGUGUUGAGAAAUUAAAGGUUCACUCAUACUCUCACACAGGAGAGAGGCCCUACAAGUGCACACAACAAGACUGCACCAAGGCCUUUGUUUCUAAGUACAAAUUACUAAGGCAUAUGGCUACUCAUUCUCCUGAGAAAACCCACAAGUGUAAUUAUUGUGAGAAAAUGUUUCACCGAAAAGAUCACCUAAAGAAUCACCUACAUACACACAAUCCCAACAAAGAGGCCUUUAAGUGUGAAGAAUGUGGAAAGAACUACAAUACCAAGCUUGGGUUCAAACGUCACCUGGCUUUGCAUGCUGCAACAAGUGGUGACCUCACCUGUAAGGUAUGUUUGCAGACCUUUGAAAGCACAGGAGUGCUGCUGGAGCACCUAAAAACUCAUGCAGGCAAGUCAUCGGGUGGAGUGAAGGAGAAAAAGCACCAGUGUGAACACUGUGAUCGUCGGUUCUACACCCGAAAGGAUGUCCGCAGACACAUGGUAGUGCACACUGGAAGAAAGGACUUCCUCUGUCAGUACUGUGCACAGAGAUUUGGGCGGAAGGAUCACCUCACGCGCCACAUGAAGAAAAGUCACAACCAAGAACUUUUGAAGGUCAAAACAGAGCCAAUGGACCUUCUAGAUCCCUUUACCUGCAAUGUUUCUGUGCCUAUUAAGGAUGAGCUGCUUCCAGUGAUGUCUUUACCUUCCAGUGAACUGACAUCAAAGCCAUUUACAAACACUUUGCAAUUAAAUCUCUACAACACUCAGAUUCAGUCCAUGCAGAGUUCUGCAUCUGCACACCAAAUGGUUGCCACAUCGUUACCAUUGGGAAUGCCUUGUCCAAUAGAUAUGGAGUCUGUCCACCCUUCUCACCAGCUAUCGUUGAAAUAUCCGCUCGGUACUACCUCAUACUCAAUUUCUAUGCCUGAAAAAGAACAGCCAUUGAAAGGGGAAAUUGAAAGUUACUUAAUGGAGUUGCAAAGUGGUAUGCCUUCUUCAUCCCAGGAUUCUCAAGCAUCUUCAUCAAAACUAGGGCUGGAUCCACAAGUAGGGCCACUAGAUGAUGGGUCUGGGGAAGUUUCCCUUUCCAAGGGCUCCGUUCCUAUUAGCGAACCUCUAAACACCCCAUCAUUGGACUUCUCUCAGCUGUUCAACUUCAUACCUGUAAAUGGCCCUCCCUAUAACCCUUCUGUUUCGGUGGGAAACCUCGGGAUGAGUUAUACGCAAGAGGAGGCACAUUCUUCUAUGACUCAACUUCCACCACAAACCCAGGAUCCACAAGAUCCUAGCAAUAGUAUAGGUCUUGGGUCUCUGCACUCAUUGUCAGCAGCUUUCACAAGCAGUCUAAGCACAACCACCACCCUACCACGAUUUCAUCAAGCUUUCCAAUAGGAUGUACAAAGCUGGCUUGUUAACUGUCUAUUUGUAGAAAUGCCUUAGGUGACCAUUUUUAACUUAGUGCCUACUAUAAGACAUUAUAAAUUCUCUGCUUUUGUACAGUACCAAUCUCAUGAAGCCAGUAAGAAAUUUAAAUUAACUUUUUUAAAAUGUUUUGAAAGUGUUUAUUCUCAGCUGUGUUUACUUUGGUUUGUUGGGUUUUUUAACAGUCUCAUUGUAUUGUUUUCAUUUUCACUGCCAAUUUACACAUUUAAAAUGUUCAGUAGAAAGUCAUCCCAGGCAAACUCACAACACUCAUCCUGUUUUUAAAACUUUUUCAACCAUACCAGCUAUUCUGUUUUAUUGAUGUCAGUGGUAGAACUGCCACUUUUACCUUUUAAUAUAUUUUACUAUUUGCAAAUAAUCCAUUUAAAAUAUGUAUCACAAGGAUUCCUGAGAUUUGGGAAAAAAAUUCUCCAGUCUGUUUCCAAACAAAUCCUCUUCCCAAGUGGCAACACAUCUGACCUGUUCUAUAAUGACAAAUCUAAAUUUUUAAAAUAAAUGUAGAAUUCAGAUUUUUCUGAAAACUUGUGUGUGUAUAUAUAGAAGUCCAUAUAUACACAUGUACAUAUAUAUAGCAUUUUGACUUGUAUUGAAGUCAUUAUAAAAGUUGUUAAGAAUUUUGCCAUUUUCUGGCUUAAAUUUUGGUGGCCUGUUAUGGAUAACAGAAGAAAAAAAAUUUAGUGUAAUUCUCUAAAAUUAGGGCUGAACAGAAUUUCGACAGAGAAUCUCUGCUUGCCUAAAUGACAGAUGUUUCAAGUUGAAUUUGAAACUGUGUUGUUGUGCUUUCGUGACUCUGGUAUAGGGAAACAGGCAAAAUUAAUGGCUGAUCUUGAAAUAUAAAAGUGUUGUAAGGUA